CGCAUUUUUCUCGAUUAUUCAGCCAAAUUACUACGAGUACCAUCAUGUUCGCCCCUCGCACCGUCGUAACCGCCAGAACUGGCACACGAGUCGCGGCCCGCCGUGUCGGAGGUGCACGGGUAUGCCAACGAUUCCAGUCGAGCAUGUCGACACCUCCACCCAGUAGCUUCUCCUCGAACUUGCUCGCUGGUCUCACAGGUGGAGGAGCUGUUCUUUUGGGAGGCUACGCCUGGUAUCACUUCUCCGGCACUAAGCAGACGGUUCAGACCGCCAACCAAGUUAAACAGUACGUCCAAGACACGAAGGACUCGAUAGUGCAGAAGGCGCCGAAGAACCCGAACGAGGUCCUCGGCUUCCUCCGCAACGUCGCCAAGUCAUACGCAGGCGUCAUCCCUGGCGCGUCGACCUAUGUCGACCAAACCUUUGACCACAUCGACCAGCUCCGAGAUACGCACGGCGAGGAGUUCGAGAAGAUCCUGCAGGCAACGUACGACGACGUGACGAAUGUGCUUAAGGAGGUGAAGGACAAGGGCCUCCAGGGUAUGGACGCUGCGACUGCGGGCAAGCUCAUGAGCAUCAUCAGCAAACGCGUGGCCGAGCUCAACGAGCUUGGCAAGAAGGUCGGCGGCGACGUCUUCGGUAAGCUCGAGCAGAACUAUCCACAAGUUGCGAGCACUCUCGGCGGCUCAUACCAGGAGCUGAAGGCCUUCGCCGAGCGCAGCGGGCCAGAGACGAAGAAGCUCGUAAGCGACACCGUCAAGCAGGUGCAAGACAUCUUGAGCAACAGCAAGAACACGCCCGAAACAGUCAAUCGUGUACGCGAGCUUAUCGAGCAGAAGGGGCAGCAGCUCAAGGAGACGGUCUGGAACAACGUCGCGAAGGAGGCUGAGAAGAAUCCCGAGUUGAAGGAUCUACUCAACCAGAACAAGGCAGCGUUCGUCGCCGCCGGGUCGAGCUUCGGCUCGCUGAGCGACGUACUUGACCGCGUGCGCCAGGUGCUCAAGGACGGCGCAGACCCGCAGAAGGUGAACGAACUAAAAGAGUUUGUGCAAAGUCGCGCGAAGGAGGCGCAGACGAAAGGCUGGGAAGGUCUACAAUCUUGGAUCAAGAGCAUGCCUGGCGGAGAGGAGGCACUAAAGAACCUGUCUGAGGUCGACAUCCAAUCGCUUAUUGCGCUCACCAAGGACAAAAGCGAAGAUGCGAAACACCUAGCUGAAGAGACGUAUCAGGACAUACUCAAGGUCUUGAAGGACAAGGCCGGGAAAGCGAAGAAGAUUGCCGAUGAGGGCAAGCAGGAGGUCAAGCAGAACAAGUCUUCAUGAGUUAGGGGAUAUGGUGCAUUUGGAAUUGCGGAUCACAACACAUAUGGACUCUGGGUGUACUUCAGCAAUAUACAGACAGAAAGACAGACUUUCCCGAG